UCAUUUAGGCAAAAUUCUCAAAUCUAUUUUUAAAAAAUAUCGUUUGGAUUCAGAAUGGUUCCUAACUCAGUUGCAGUCACAAUUGAGAAGCCUAAUGAUUUCUCUUUAGUAGAGAUGAAUGGCACGGAUGCAUCAUUGCUUCCUGAGAAACAAAAGGCAGUCAGUCGUAAGCAAUUCACAUGGUUUCUUCUCCUCAAAGCUCACAGGGUUUUCACCUGUAUUUCUUGGCUGGCAAUGGCUUCAAAAGGGAUUCUUAUAUCAGUCAAGAAACGCAUUUCAAUAUCUGAUACCAGUGACGAAGAUAGGAGAAGCAGAAGAUUAUACAGAUUCAUCAAAGCUUUUCUUGCAAUCUCCAUAGUAGCUUUGGUCAUCGAAAUCAUUGCCCAUUUCAAUAAAUGGAAUUUGAAGCUGAUACAACCAUGGGAGGUUCAGGGUCUUGUGCAAUGGUCCUAUAUGGCUUGGAUGUCUUUUAGAGCUGUUUAUAUUGCUCCUCUGGUGAUAUAUCUGUCAAAAUUUUGCGUUGUACUAUUUUUGAUUCAGUCUGUAGACCGAUUGGUUCUAUGUCUUGGAUGUUUCUGGAUUAAGUACAAAAAGUUGAAGCCCCAGAUAAAUGGAGAGGGUUAUGACACCAAGGACAGUUCAAGUUUUCCCAAGGUCCUUGUUCAGAUUCCUAUGUGCAAUGAGAGAGAGGUCUAUGAACAAUCAAUUGCAGCAGCCUGUCAACUUGAUUGGCCAAAAGAUCGGAUUCUGAUUCAAGUUCUGGACGAUUCAGAUGAUGGUAAUUUGCAGCUUCUGAUUAAAAAUGAAGUUUCCUCGUGGCAGGAGAAAGGAGUAAACAUAAUCUACAGGCAUCGAUUAAUCAGAACCGGAUACAAAGCUGGGAAUCUUAAGUCUGCCAUGGCAUGUGACUAUGUAAAGGACUAUGAGUUUGUUGCUAUACUUGAUGCAGACUUCCAGCCAAACCCUGAUUUCCUCAAACUAACUGUUCCUCACUUUAGGGGAAAUCCUGAACUUGGUCUUGUUCAGGCUCGUUGGUCAUUUGUAAACAAGGAUGAGAAUCUGCUUACUAGACUCCAGAACAUCAACCUGUGCUUCCAUUUUGAGGUGGAGCAGCAGGUGAAUGGCAUGUUCCUCAAUUUCUUUGGAUUCAAUGGGACUGCAGGAGUGUGGAGAAUUAAAGCUUUGGAGGAAUCUGGCGGCUGGCUUGAGAGAACAACAGUUGAAGAUAUGGACAUUGCGGUUCGAGCUCACUUACAUGGGUGGAAAUUCAUCUUCCUCAAUGAUGUCAAGGUGUUAUGUGAGUUACCGGAGUGCUAUGAAGCUUACAAGAAACAACAGCACCGCUGGCAUUCUGGUCCAAUGCAGCUCUUCCGUUUGUGUCUUCCUGCUAUCAUAACUGCAAAGAUUUCUAGGUGGAAGAAGGCCAAUUUAAUAUUCCUUUUCUUUCUUUUGAGGAAACUCAUACUUCCAUUCUACUCCUUCACAUUAUUUUGUAUCAUACUUCCAUUGACCAUGUUUAUACCUGAGGCUGAAUUACCCCUCUGGGUGAUCUGUUAUGUCCCCAUUUUUAUGUCUUUCUUGAACAUCCUCCCAGUCUUCAAAUCCUUCCCUUUUCUGGUUCCAUACCUUCUCUUUGAGAACACAAUGUCUGUUACCAAAUUCAAUGCCAUGAUAUCAGGAUUAUUUCAGCUCGGAAGUGCUUAUGAGUGGGUGGUAACAAAGAAAACAGGCAGAUCAUCAGAAUCUGAUUUGUUAGCACCAGCUGAAAGAGAAUCAAAGUCUCCCAGCGAGGAGAAGAUCCUCAGGAAGCACUCUGAGUCUGGCUUGGAAAUGUUGAACAAACUCGGGCAAAGUGAACUCCCUCGUCCAAAGAAAAAGAACAAGCUGUACAAAAAAGAGCUUGCACUUGCUUUUCUUCUCCUCACUGCUUCUGCUAGAAGUCUGCUAUCCCAGCACGGAGUUCAUUUUUACUUCUUGUUGUUUCAAGGGCUGUCUUUCUUGGCUGUUGGCCUGGAUUUGAUCGGGGAGCAAGUUAGCUGAAUACAAUAUUCAUGGUCCCCCUAAUUCUCUUAAUAGAAGAGAAAGUAUACCUCUUUUCAUGAUCGUCCAACUCCAGGCAGCAACCAGAAAAUUGAACUCAAAAUAACAUAAUAACAAUGUUAUAUAUCAUUAUAAAUUUAUAAUUAUAAU